AGCCUAAGCGCUGGGCGGAGCGACCAAUGAGUGCUUCUCGUGACACUCACGUGAUUUGUAAACAGGAAGUGUCUGAUCUGUACUGCAGAGGAUCUGGCCGUCACUGAGGAGACUGAAUGAAUCUGUUUUCUUCCUCAUCAUGGUGGACUUUCUGGCAGAGAACAACCUGUGUGGUCAGGCCAUCCUGAGGAUCGUGUCCAGAGGAAAUGCCAUCAUAGCAGAAUUACUCAGACUCUCCGAAUUUAUUCCUGCAGUUUUCAGACUCAAAGACAAGAGCGACCAGCAGAAAUAUGGAGACAUAAUCUGUGAUUUCAGCUAUUUUAAGGGUCCGGAGUAUUAUGAGAGUAAACUGGAAGCAAAGCCAGAGCUGCAGGAUUUGGAUGAGGAGUUUCGGGAAAAUAACAUUGAAAUAUUAACACGGUUCUACCUGGCCUUUGAGAGUGUCCAUAAAUAUGUUGUAGACUUGAUAAGGUACUUGGAUGAUCUCAAUGAAGGGGUCUACAUUCAGCAAACACUAGAAACUGUUUUAUUGAAUGAAGAUGGGAAACAGCUCCUGUGUGAGGCUCUGUACCUGUAUGGAGUCAUGUUACUGGUCAUUGAUCAGAAGAUGGAGGGGGAGGUGAGAGAAAGGAUGCUGGUGUCCUACUAUAGAUACAGUGCUGCUCGCUCCUCGGCUGACUCAAACCUGGACGACAUCUGCAAGCUCCUACGUAGUACGGGAUACUCCAGCCACCCGGGGGCCAAACGGCCGCCCAACUACCCUGAGAGCUACUUCCAGAGAGUUCCCAUCAGCCCCACCUUCAUCAGUAUGGUGAUCGGUCGCCUCCGCUCUGAUGACAUUUACAACCAGGUUUCUGCGUAUCCUCUGCCGGAGCACCGCAGUACAGCGCUGGCAACACAGGCCGCUAUGCUGUGUGUCUGCUUAUACUUCACCCCCUCCAUCCUGCACACACAACAGGCCAAGAUGAGAGAGAUCGUGGACAAAUACUUCCCUGACAACUGGGUUAUAAGCAUAUAUAUGGGGAUCACGGUGAAUUUGAUGGAGGCGUGGGAACCAUAUAAAGCUGCUAAAACAGCCCUGAACUACACAUUGGACACAGCCAACAUCAAAGAACAGGCCGGUCGAUACGCUGCCAGUGUGGAGAGCUUGCGGCCGCAGGUGCAGCAGUUAUUGAAGGAGGGAUUUCUGAGAGAAGAAAUCAUCCUGGACAACAUUCCCAAACUGCUCAACUGCCUCCGUGACUGUAACGUUGCCAUCCGCUGGCUGAUGCUGCACACGGCAGAGUCUGCUUAUGAUCCAAACAACAAGAGACUGCGUCAGAUCAAGGAUCAAGUCAUCAACGACUCCAAAUACAAUCCCAAAAUUCUGUUUCAGCUGCUGCUGGACACGGCCCAGUUUGAGUUCAUACUCAAAGAGAUGUUCAAGCAGAUGUUGGCAGAGAAGCAGCUGAAGUGGGAGAGCUAUAAGAAAGAGGGAUCGGAGAGAAUGAUGGAGCUGGCCGAGGUGUUUUCUGGGGUCAAACCUCUCACCAGGGUGGAGAAAAACGAGAAUCUUCAGGCCUGGUUCAGAGAGAUCUCCAAACAGAUCGAGUCCCUGAACUACGAGGACUCGACCGCAGCCGGCAGGAAGACUGUGCAGCUCAUUCAGGCUCUCGUGGAGGUCCAAGAGUUUCACCAGCUGGAGUCCAACCUGCAGGUGUGUCAGUUCCUGGCGGACACACGCAAGUUCCUCCAUCAGAUGAUCCGCACCAUCAAUAUCAAAGAGGAAGUGCUCAUCACGAUGCAGAUAGUGGGAGAUUUGUCCUACGCCUGGCAGAUCAUUGACAGCUUCACAUCAAUAAUGCAAGAGAGUAUCAGAGCAAACCCCUUCAUGGUGACCAAACUCAGAGCCACUUUUCUAAAGCUUGCAUCUGCGCUGGAUCUGCCUCUCCUACGAAUCAACCAGGUCAACAGUCCAGAUCUGCUGAGCGUGUCUCAGUUUUACUCUGGGGAGCUGGUGGCUUAUGUCAGAAAGGUUCUGCAGAUCAUUCCAGAAAGUAUGUUCACCUCGCUGGCCAAAAUCAUCAAACUGCAGAUCCAUGACAUUAUGGAGGUGCCCACACGUCUGGACAAAGACAAACUGAAGGACUACGCUCAACUCAGCGCCCGUUAUGAGGUAGCUAAACUCACUCAUGCCAUCUCAGUCUUCACUGAAGGUAUUCUGAUGAUGAAGACCACACUCGUCGGCAUCAUCAAGGUGGAUCCGAAGCAGCUUCUGGAGGACGGGAUCAGGAAAGCGCUUGUCAAGCGUGUGGCUUACGCUCUGCACAAAGGCCUCAUCUUCAACCCCAAAGCCAAACCCAGUGAACUGAUGCCAAAGCUGAAGGAAAUGGCUGCCACCAUGGAUGGGUUUUACCGCUCGUUUGAAUACAUUCAGGAUUACGUGAGCAUCUACGGCCUGAAGAUCUGGCAGGAGGAAGUGUCUCGGAUCAUCAACUACAACGUAGAGCAGGAGUGUAACAGUUUCCUCAGAACCAAGAUCCAAGACUGGCAAAGCGUCUAUCAGUCCACCCACAUUCCCAUUCCUAAGUAUCCGUCAGUUGAUGAAUCCGCCACGUUUAUUGGACGUCUCUGCAGGGAAAUCCUGAGGAUCACAGAUCCAAAAACGACGUGUUACAUUGAUCAGCUGAACACCUGGUACGAUAUGAGGACGCAUCAGGAAGUGACCAACAACCGACUCUUCUCGGAGAUUCAGGACACGCUGGGCACCUUCGGCCUGAACGGACUCGACCGACUCUUGUGUUUCAUGAUCGUGAAAGAGCUGCAGAAUUUUCUGACAGUCCUACAGAAGAACAUCCUGAAGGACAAAGCUGUGGUUGACAUCUUUAAAGCUCUGCUGUCGGCUGUCAAUCCUGUCAAAGGGAUUGUGGCAAAUGCAAGCAAAGUCUACGUCAACGCUGUGGCCAAAACUCAGAAGAUCUGGCCAGCGUAUCUGGAAGCCAUCAUGAAGGUGGGUCAGAUGCAGAUCUUGAGGCAGCAGAUAGCCAAUGAACUGAACUACUCCUGCAAAUUUGACUCGAAACAUCUCGCCGCGGCGCUGGAUAAUCUGAACAAGUCUCUGCUGUCUGAUAUUGAAGCUCAUUACCAGGAUCCAUCGCUGCCGUAUCCCAAAGAGGACAACACUCUGCUCUACGAGAUCACCGCGUAUCUGGAGGCCGCUGGAAUCCAAAACCCGCUUAACAAAGUGAGUCGUGUUUAA